AAGUGAUUUCCUGCAACAAUCUCACCUCCCGGUUACACACAACUCUUUCCAUCACACUGCGGUAUUUUUUUUGCCUGCGGCGCUCUCGGAAGUGCGCGCGACUGAUACGACCCGCUUGGACGCUACCGUUCGCGUUGCGGUUCUGCUUACUUCCAGUGCCCCGGCUACGCGAACAUGUCGAGGAGACGACACGCGGACGAGAACGACGGAGGUCAGCCCCACAAACGGCGGCGCACGUCGGAGCCCGUGGAGAUCGAGGACCGCCUGGAGUCGCUCAUCUGCAGAGUGGGAGAGAAGAGCACAUCCUCCCUCGAAAGCAACCUGGAAGGCCUUGCUGGCGUCUUGGAGGCAGACUUGCCCAACUACAAAAACAAAAUCCUGCGCAUCUUGUGUUCCGUGGCCAGGGUGCUCCCGGAGAAACUGACGAUUUACACGACGCUCGUGGGUCUGCUCAACGCGCGCAACUACAACUUUGGCGGCGAGUUUGUCGAGGCCAUGAUACGACAGCUCAAAGAGACGCUCAAGUCCAACUUCUUCAGUGAAGCUGUAUAUCUGGUUCGUUUCCUCUGCGACCUAGUGAACUGCCAUGUGAUUGCUGCGCCCUCCGUGGUGGCCUUGUUUGAGAACUUUGUGUGCGUCACCCAGGAAGAUGACGUUCCACAGGUGCGCUGCGACUGGUACGUCUAUGCCGUCCUGUCCUCGCUGCCUUGGGUGGGGAAGGAGCUUUAUGAGAAGAAGGAUGUUGAGAUGGAUCGACUGCUCAGCCAGAUCGAUGGCUACCUGAAGAGACGGCAAAAGACCCACGUCGCGAUGCUGCAGAUAUGGUCAGCGGAGAAGCCCCAUCCACAGGAGGAGUACCUGGACUGUCUAUGGGCCCAGAUUCAAAAGCUGAAGAAGGAUCGCUGGCAGGAGCGCCACAUCCUGCGGCCCUAUGUCGCCUUCGACAGCGUUUUGUGCGAGGCACUGCAGCACAACCUGCCCCCCUUCACACCACCACCUCACUCGGACAGUGCCGUCUACCCGAUGCCCCAUGUCAUCUUCCGAAUGUUUGACUACACGGACGCCCCUGAGGGCCCCGUAAUGCCUGGAAGUCACUCCGUUGAGAGGUUCGUUAUCGAGGAGAACCUCCAUUGCAUCAUCCGGACCCACUGGAAAGAAAGGAAGACAUGUGCUGCUCAGCUCCUGAGCUAUCCAGGCAAAAGCAAGAUCCCCCUGAACUAUCACAUUGUGGAGGUCAUUUUUGGGGAACUCUUCCAGCUGCCCUGUCCCCCUCAUGUGGAAGUCAUGUACACCACCCUGCUCAUUGAAUUGUGCAAGCUGCAGCCGGGUUCCCUGCCCCAAGUCCUGGCUCAAGCCACAGAGAUGAUGUACAUGCGUCUGGACACCAUGAACAUCACCUGUGUAGACCGGCUUGUCAACUGGUUUUCCCACCAUCUGAGCAAUUUUCAGUUUAGGUGGAGCUGGGAUGAUUGGGCUGACUGUUUGACAGCAGAUCCUGAAAAACCGAAGGCGAAAUUUGUCAGGGAAGUUCUAGAGAAGUGCAUGAGGCUUUCUUACCACCAGCGGAUAGUGGACAUUGUACCACCUUCUUUUGCUCCUCUGAUCCCAGCCAAUCCUCUUUUUAUAUAUAAAUAUGAAGAUGAAAAUAGCAGUACAUUGCCUGGCUACAAUGCAGCUAUCACUGUCGGCAAUGCCAUUAAAAACCGAGCCUCCAACGAGGAGAUCCUGACUCUCCUGAAGGAUGUACCAAACCCCAACCACGAGGAUGAUGAUGAUGAGGGUGAGAGCUUUAACCCCCUCAAGAUAGAUGUGUUUCUACAAACUCUGCUCAGUUUGGCUGCCAAGUCCUUCAGUCAUUCUUUCAGCGCCUUGGCAAAGUUUCAUGAAGUGCUCAAGACCCUGACGGAGAGUGAUGAGGGCAAGCUGCACAUCUUACGGGUGGUGUGCGACGUGUGGAAGAACCACCCACAGAUGAUUUCUGUACUUGUGGACAAGAUGAUCCGCACCCAGAUUGUAGACUGCGUGGCUGUGGCGAACUGGAUCUUCUCUCAAGACAUGACUCAUGAAUUCACUAGGUUCUACGUGUGGGAAAUUCUGCAUUCCACCAUCAGGAAGAUGAACAAGCAUGUUCAGAAGAUUCAGAAGGAGCUGGAGGAUUCCAAAGAGAAGUUGGAGAAGCAGCAUCAGAAGAAGGACAGCGGGGAUGAGGAAGACAUGGAGGAGGACAGCCAGCUGGAGGAGCAGAUUGAACGGCUGCAGGAGAAGGUUGAGUCUGCACAGAGCGAGCAGAAGAACCUCUUUCUUGUCAUCUUCCAGCGCUUCAUUAUGAUGCUGACGGAGCAUCUGGCACGCUGCGAGACGGGCGGCACAGACCUCAACACACCCUGGUACAAGAACUGCAUCGAGAGACUGCAGCAGAUCUUCCUCAUGCACCACGCAACCAUCCAGCAGUACAUGGGAACCCUGGAGAACCUGUUGUUCACCGCAGAGCUGGAUCAUCAUAUCCUUGCAGUGUACCAGCAGUUCUGCUCCCUACAGGCAUGAUCACCACCCCCCAGGUAGAUGGAGAACCCAGUCCACCACAGAAAAGGAGGAAUUUCUUGUAUCAAGAUUUCUAUUAGAUGGCAGGCAUUCAUUUUUUAUUUUUUUAUGCGCCAUAACAGGUCUUAACUUAAAAAGAAGGAAAAACUGGGGUUGGCAUUUUUCAAAGCAAUAUCAUAGAUGCAUAAAUUUGGAAUACAAUUUACUUUGGUUUUGUAGCUGGACGCUUUGCAGAAUCCCCAUUGUUGUUUGAAACUGGAUUUUUCUAACCAGUGUGUUCAUUUCCCCGUUCCAACGAAGACUAGUACUUUUGUUCUUUAUAAAUGGGUAGACUUUCAAAAUGUAGUAUGUUUUAAAAGUUUUAUUUGAGUUAAACUGCGGAACUAAAAUAAAGUGCGAUGAUAUGCAUCUUUCCCAGCAAGGUGGAUUCGUGUGUGUUGUUUAAAGUCUUUUCUAAACUGUCAUUGCCUUUGUGCUAGUGAUGAAAUAGACUGGAGUGUUUUUUUUUUUUUUUAAUGGAGUAUGUGCAUCUUUCUGGUCUUUUUGAGUUUCAGCCACAACUAAAAGUAUCAAAUAGCAAAUACAGUACAUAGAUAAACAAAGCACAUGGUGUUCAAAGACUUAUGUAGCUGACAGGCGAUCAGGAGAGAAAUGGUCUCGUAGAGAUGGGUUUGAGACCCUUCUUGAAUACCUGGGAGGGAUUCAGUGGCUCUGUGGAAGAGGAGGAGUAUGUUCCACCACACCGGGGUUAAAACCAAGAAUCAACAGACUCUUGAUUUUAGACCCCUUGUGAAUGUGUCCAUGAAGUGGUCAGAGAUGGAGGAGUACACUUUACUGGGGUGUAGAGAAUGAUCAAGUCCUGUAGGCAUCAGGGUACAUAUCCUUUGACUGUCUUGUAGGCCGUAACCAGUACUGAACAUGAUAUAGGCAGCUCCAGGAUGCCAGUGGAAGAAGAAAAGGAGCGAAUACCCAUGGCAUACCUGUCAUAGUCUCGAGACACACAGCAACAGCCAUCUUUAUGCUACUCUAUUUUUUGUACCUCUUCUCUUUUUUCUCCCUGCCCUUGUAACAAUUUGCCUUUUUAGUAACUUAGUCUCAUCUUCCUUUUAAGACAUUUCUAGACUUCUAUAGGGCUGUCUUGGUCUGUUCCACAAAGUGUUCACUGGCUGUAGACGCAUUGCUAUCCCACUGAACUGAAUGGGUUUACCCAGCAGUCAUUGUCUUAAUAUCUGCACUAAUGAGAAACUUGCUCAACAUGAUGAGGCCUUACAUGUCUAACCUGCCUUCUAAAUGUUAGUUAUAAACCUGCAAUAACAUUAUAACCAGCUUGCACAUGCAAAUAAAUCAUUUUGGACACAGAUUGGGUUUGAAUGAGUGAAUGAUCUUCUAAAACCACUGGAAAUAGGACUAAAGCAGUAAGACCUCUUAAUUCAGAUCUGCUUUAUUUUUGGGGGGAGGUGAGUUGGUUACAGCACUGUAGUGUAUUCCAUCAUAUGUAGUUUCUUACUUUCAUUUUGUUAACCAUAAUAUUGUAUGGGGGAGGAUAGGUGGCUGGAUUCAUACCAUCCAAGCCAUAGCCAGUUACCAAAGUACAGACUACAGUCGAUUUGCUUUCUUCAACAAGGGCUGUAUGCCUCCUUUCUGGGUGGGGAAAGGUUGCAGCCCACACACAGGGCACUGCCAACAAAGAGCUGGUGGUCAGAUAUAGCUGUGGGACCUGAAGCUGAAAAGGAGACGUGGAAGAACAGAGCUGAAGUAAAACCCUGGUAAAGACGCACAGCCACCUGUCACCAUUAUUCAUCUCUCUAAAUUCUGAGUUUGUGUCACAA